AUGUCUAUGACCGGCAUCAGCAUCAGCUCCACUCUCCAGCAGGAGAGAAAGGACGCCACUUGCUUCGUGAAUAAUCUGGAUGACCGCGUGACGGAGGACAUCCUGUGGGAGCUGUUCAUCCAGUGUGCCCCGGUUGUCAAUGUCAAGAUCCCGAAAGACCGUGUGACCCUGCAGCGCAAGGGCAUGGGUUUCGUGGAGAUGCUCACCGAGGCCGAUGCCGAGUAUGCCAUUCGCAUCCUCAAUAACAUCAAGCUGUUUGACCGGCAGAUCCGUGUCCAGCGUAACAUGGACAAGCAGAUGGUCGACAUCGGGGCCAACCUCUUCGUGCGCGGUCUGGCCCCCGAGGUCGACGAGUACAUGCUGCGUGAUGCAUUCUCCCAGUUCGGAACGCUGUCACAAACGCCGCGCAUCGGCCGCGACCCGGAGGGCAUGCACAAGGGCUAUGCCUUCGUGUCGUACACCACCUUCGAGGCGGCCGAUGCGGCGAUCGCCGCCAUGAAUGGCGAGUUUUUCGCCAACCGGACGAUCAAGGUGGAGUACUCCCUGAAGAAGGACUCCAAGACCGAGCGCCACGGCUCGACAGCCGAGCGGCUGCUGGCCCGGUCGAUCCAACAGGGCGCCGAGGAUGGCACCAGCUCGCGGCCGAGCCCCGCCGGCGGAUCGAUGGUCCUGCCGUCGUCCAUGUCGGCCGGAUUGGUGCAGCCAGCCAUGGCCGGCGGCUUCCCCGGGGCGGCUCCCCCCGGGGCGGGUGGCAUGCGCCAUUCGGGGCUCCGCCGCCGGGCAUGA